AGCGUGACACGUUUGUAAUAGACACAUUACGAUAUCUGGGAAUCCUUAACCAGAUACCACAUUGGCUCAAGUGCCAAGGCUUUAGUGACGUAACACGUGAAAGUCGACGGGUCUCGACCACCACUUGCCAUCAGAUGUUAGUCGACUCUGUUACUUAAUCGCAGUAGACGCGAACCACUGGACAAGUUUUAAUGCCAAAUUUAAGUGCGUAUAUUUAAUAAGAUGUACUCAACGCUGUUUAUACUAUGCAUAUAUUCAAUGAAUGCGCUGUCUUCACCAGUCGACUAUCCUAUCAAAAUCGACCUACCAGUGUACGACCAGCCCGGACGCGGAGGCCCGUACGCUCAAUCUGCUGACGUUCACUUAGCAGAACCAUUGCUAGCUGAAAAUCAUCCUGGCGAUGACACCAAGUAUAGGCUUGACUCCAACUUCAUCUCUAACAAAUUCGAGACAGCAGACACUAUUCCAUAUAAUGAUCCAAACAAACAGAUCGCGAAAGACCCAAGCAUACACCUGGAGUACGAAGGUCUUGGAAGCAAAACGCUCUCCGUGAAAGAAAAUGUUCAGCAUGUUGCUGCAGGGCUACUGCAACCAAAACCAAUCGUAGACACGAUAAAAGAAGAGGAAAAGUAUGGAAACGACGGUGACAAAUUCGCUAGUGCAGGCCGCGCAAUCGUCGGAGGCGCUGAGAGCAUUUCAAAUUUCAUCAAUUCGUUAAUAGCUGUACCUGGAUCGAUAUUGAGAUCAAUAACGCGAACAGCAUCCGAAAAACUUAACGCAUUUGGUGGUAAACUUGUAGGGUUAUAAACAUUAAUUGUUUGUUAUAUACAUAUUUUGUAAAUAAUAGUUAAGUAAUGGUUGGUUAUUCUUCCCUUCAUUUAAUUUUAAGUAAAUGACUAUUAUCACAAAUCGUUACGAAUGGAUUUAGUUAAUAGGUACAUAUUCGUCAACCUAUUAUAUAUAUAUUAGCUACACGCAAAUUGAAAAUUAGAUAAUUAUUUACACUAUUUUAGCCAAGUUUUAAAUAUGCUCUUGCGAAAUUGAAAUAACGUGUUGAUUAUUUUUAAGAAUGCGCAACUAUUAUUAAUUAAACACGCCAUAAUCUAUGUGGGAAUAAUUUAAAAACAUACAUUAUCAAAAUAAAACGAUUAAAAUGUAAGUUGGUAAAAUGUACAAAAUUUUAUACGUAAUAUAAACGAUUUAACUGAAA